CAAGUAAAGACAGUGAUAUUAAUGUGUUAUCCUCAUCUGAGGCGAAUCGGGACAAUUAGGGUGAAUUGGGACAGCUGUUUAGCCAUGUUGAUUGACUGAGAACAUGAUUUUUAGCUUUACUGUGAGCUGUUAAAACCGCUAGUUUCAGUUUUGUCCAGAUCCAAUUAUAUCACGCACCAAGCAACUGAUUCAUUACAAUCACUUUUAAUCACUAAAGGAAUCCUGAACAUGGCUUCACCUGUCUCCAACUCAACGGGACUAUCCCUGGCAACGAUGUCCCCUGCCGUGGCGCUGGCACUGUUUGACAACUGUGCCGCGCUGAUAAUCGCCGGGGUUCCACCCGGGACGGAAUUUGGCAUUGAUCAGCACAGCUUCCUGGUCGGAGAGGACUUCCGGGGCGUGAAGAUGAUUCCGGAGGGCGUUCACUUCGUGUACUGCGCUGCCAAGGGAGCUUACGGCGAGACGGCUCCAAGGGUGGGUUUCGUGCAUCAUUUCACACGUGGUGAGAUUGUGGUCCGCGAGUGGGAUCACGAGAAAGAGGAAUUGCGCCACCGGGUUCACGACAACGUGGAAGAGGAGAUGGCAAAGAUUAGGGAGAAUUUGAGGAAUCUUGAUAAGUAUCUGGCUCCAUACGACUACGACAGGUAUACUGCAUGGCAAAAACUAACCGGAAACAUAACGCAGAGUACUGUUAGCCGUCAUUCGCCCGACUGUGGCGUGAUACGGAACACGGUUGAGCUACUUUCGUGCCCUGAUGAAGAUCGGCCACGAGGUCAGGUCAUCACGUCGCCGAGGCUUUCAAAAAUCCGAGCACUUGUAAAUGAUGAGGAGCUGCUUCCAAAUCUGAAGUCGAUACCUGGAACUGCACCUAAAUUCACAACGUUACCGUUGCGUUGCCCAAAGGAUGCCUCACCGGCGGAUGUCUCCAGACAUCAUAUGGAUUGCAUAGAAGCCGUUGAUCUACUGCUUAGCAGUCGAGAAAAGGUAAUCUUUGAAGAGAUUGAAUUUUCCUUUAUCCUAUUUGUGUGUGGACAUUCCGUAGAAGGUUUGAGCCAUUGGCGAAAAAUACUGGGACUGCUUGCUAAUUCCGAUCAAGCCGUCGAAAAGUAUCGCAUCUUUUACAGAAAUUACCUAACCGUGCUACAGUAUCAGCUGCCAGAGCUACCGAUCGAACUAAUGGAGCAAACGCAGUCGAAUACGGUUUAUCUGGAUGUGCGAAAGUUGCUGCUGAAUUGCUACCAGGCAGGUCUUACUUCGGUAGCUCAAACGCUCGAGAAGAGUCUUAAGGGAUCGUUGCUUUGGAAGUUUGAAGAUUUGUUCUCGGAAGAUCCGGACGAUUUGCCAACGGUUGUAGAGUUGUAAAAAAGUAGGUUAGUUGUUGUGAUUAAAGUAAGCGGAGAUAAAUGAUUGAAAUGAAGUUUAUUUAUUUACAUUACUGUUUUGUUUUGAAGAACUCGUCCCUUAUCUAUCCGGUGCCAGGCGGUUACGCGGACUCGUUUUAGACAAAAACCGUUCAUUAGGGUCUUUCAAAAAUUUAAAUAAUUCAAAUAUAUUGAUCGGGUAAUAAUAACCCCAAACAGACUAGCCUCGUGUUUACUGUUUAUGCUGUGGACGUUUGGCGAGGAAGUGUGAGUGUGAUUAAGUUGUGCUGGAACAGGUUGGUGGAAUCCGGAACAGAACACGACGGAAGUGAACAUGAGGUCAGUGGGUGGUUGGGAGGUUAAUGAUCUGCAGCGAUGGUGCUGUGUUCGGAAUGUCGGGUCUCAUGGAGUUUCGGUUGCGACUCUACACGUCCGUAGGGUUUGAUUAGCUUACCCAUUGCCUUCACAAAUGUUUCCGGAAAUGGUCAAACGCUAAAGAAACUUCUUUCAAUUCACUUGAAAUAAUCACCUUUUUGAACAUGAGCAAGAUUAAAAGCAAGAGACUCCAUUUUGAGUACGUUUUCUAUGCUUUGCUCCCCUUUUUAUUAGCAUUAGCAUUAGCAAAUCAAACACCACCGCAAAUCGUUUUUUUAUGAUAUUUAUUUCAAUUCGAUUUGAUUACACACAUACGUUUUUUUUUCUUUGCAUAUAUCUGUAUAAUGUAGGUUUUUCAUCACCAUCGUAAAUCCGUCAUAAAAUAUUUUUAAUUAGCAUUUGACGCGUAAAAAGUGCAGCUGCAAAGUGUUGCUACUUUCCUUCUUGAUUGCUCUGUAAUCGAUACAUUGUCGCACGCGUUUCCAAUGCUUGCUUCCUCUUCUUUUCUUUUUCUCCGUGCUUCGGAGCGCGUUUAUCGAAUAAUACAAAUUGUUAUAACACAAAGAUGAUCGAUAAACACACAGUUUUGGGUAUGUGUGUGUGUACCAAAUAAAUACUUUACAUAAACCGCUAACAGAAAGUUUUCACAUGAAUUUAAAAAUAAAAUCUAGAUAAAUACUUUACAUUGUUCUUGUGUUUAUGUAUAUUGUUGUAUGUUUUUUUCUUCUUUUUGCUACACUUUAGUAAAUCUGUUGGGAGGAUUUUUUGCUUUUUAUCAAUUGUUCGGAGUACUACAAGAGUUUCAUUUCGCAUAAUAUUUUGGCAGUUUAAGGUUGUUUCUCGUCAUGACACAGUCAGUGGAUUGAUUGUGUUUGUGUUUUGUAGGAUUUCUGCUACGUAUCUUUAGUGACUUAAAAAAAAACUGAAAUUUACUCAACCCAUUAUGAAGCAUUCGCUAGCGCAAAAUGAGUUGACGCGUGUUCGUUCUAAUCACAUUUGAUUCGAUUGCAAUUUUUAAUCUGUUUCCUAAGGUGCGAAACAAUAGAAUUCAAUGCUGAUGGACGUUUGUGAAAGUAUUUUUUUUUGUUGCUGUCACGGUUUCGUUCAAUUUUUCGAGAUGGACAGAACCGUGCAAGAAAUCGUGCACGAUCGGUUCAAGUUGAUCGUUCGUUAUGAUGCUUUUGUGUGUGUGU